CUUUUAGUUAUGCAUUCCCUGUUACAUUUAGAAGGAAGCACUGGUGUUAAGUUCUAACUAGAUUUGCAUCUGGCUCCCACUUAAUUUGUUUUUCUCUAAUUUGCAUGUCAUGUGGGUUUCGGCUGUGUAAAUUCAUGGUAAUAUUAAUAGUCAUGACUGCAGUAGGAGGUUAGUUUCCACUCUUUUCUCAACUAUAAACCUAAAAGCAGUUUGAAUAAAAAUGAACUAAGUUUCUAGAAGUGUUUAUAUUAUUGGCCUCGUAGAACCAUUCAAUGUUAAACCACAAGUCUUGAAAAUGGCUAGUAGCAUAACCUCCCCCAUGUCUUGGCCAUUUGCACUAAUGGCUAGUAGCCACCCGUGAUUUAUCUCCUCCGUGUUGGCCUAGGGACGGGUUGGCGGGAGCGUUGGGGGUGAGCGAAUCGCCUUUUACCACACAAGUCUUGAAAAUUUAAGGAACACCCAAUCUGAUGUGUUGCUUGCUCGUAGUAUCAGGAUAGUCUGCAAUCAAGUUCAUGUAGGAUGAGUAUUCUCAAGUUUCAUUCAAAAUAAAUAAUAACGCAAUUGAAAGUUGAAGCAUAUCAAUUAAGAAAAUAUAGAAUUAAGGGAUCAUCUCCAAAAACUAUAUUUUGAGUCAUUAGUUGCUCAUGACAGAAGGGGAGCCUUGGCGCAACGGUAAAGUUGUUGUCAUGUGACUAAAAAGGUCACGGGUUCGAAUCCUGGAAACAGCCUCUUGCAAAAAGCAAGGUAAGACUGCGUACAAUGGAUCCUUCCCCGGGACCCGCAUGACGGGAGCUUCGUGCACCGGAUUGCAUGACAAGGGACCUGAAAAUUCAUACUUGGUCCCCCCUCAUGUAGCUGAUUAGUUCAUCUUUGUGGAUAGUUUAUAAAACAAUGGUGAGGAGCAGUUCAACUGGUACCUAGACUUCCUAUUGUGUCAUAGCAUGGCCUAAAGUUAUUGGAUGCAGUGGCAGCGUCUUCUAUUUAAUUUCCUAGUACAUUUUGUAUGGACUGAUCUAGAGCCAGCUAUGCUUUUUCUAAAAUCUUCAACUAUCUUUUACUGAUACUUUGAUGGUUUUAACAGAAUAGUGUCGUUUGUAGUACUCACACCGCAUUCACUACAAAUAGGACAGGACUGGAGUUAUUAGAACGGUGGAAAUGACCAAAAACAGUUAUUGUAGAGAACCUUGAAACAGAACUAAGUACGAAGAUAUUCACCUCACCUUUCUUCUCUGUAUAGUUUGCACUCGCCUUCUUAUUUUUUUUUUGACGACAGCCUACACUAUAUCUCAUUGCGUAUGGAUGUUGUACUUCCAAAUCGAUACUGGUUUUAACUGCUGCUCAUCCCUUACAGGAGAUGCCUUUACUGAGGCAUAUCAUUGUCAUAUUCAUCAUGAUUUCUGUUUUGAUGUGUCAUCAAUUUUGAUUAGUUAACUAGGACGGACAGAUGAUGGUGGUCCAGUGCAGGCUACGUGGAGGAAAUGUAGAAAUGAAUCUAUCAGUCUGGCAGCCCAUGCUUUUGGUCUGUUCCAUGCUGUUCUUCAUGGACAUAACACUGCAAGAACAGCUGGUUUGGAUGUCAAUUUAUGCAAGUGAAGAAGGCCAAAAUUAUCUUAUGUUUUCUCGUCUCUUCGGAUCAUUGUAACAACAGACUUAAUCUAUGGAUGCUGUUACAGUAAGUAGCACUUCUAGAGUUUAGUACUCAGCACUGCAGUCUACUACUUUGUUACCGCCCAUCAGCAGUAGAAAAGGCUAUUUGUGUUCUCUCAGAUAGGCUGCAAGAACAACUGAACAAGUUCCAUGUUGGUAAGAAACACAUCUAAUAAGCAAGGUUGAUGUCUCACCAAGCAGCCAGACCACCUACACAGUGAGAGGAUACCAAUUAACUUGCGGAUAAAGACUGACAAGGUUCUUGGUUCAUAGAUUUUCACUUUUGAUAGCAAGAUUCCGAGAAUGUGUCCUAUUUCUCACCUUGAUGUAUCGAAAACGAAAGGAAAUGGUUCUCAUCCUCAAAAGAGUUGUCAUGUGAUUGCCCACAUUGCUGAGGGUGUGGUUGAGGUUGAAGGCAAUGCCAGGUAUACAGCAUUACAUGUACAAACUGUGUCAGGUAAGUCAAUGUCAAUACCCAUACCACGUGUGAAGGAUGAGUGCUUUAAUGUGAAAGAAUAAAGAUGUGGAUUUGGACUAUCCCAUGCUAUCUAUUAUUCUCGUGGAAGGUUGACUUGGCUUCUCUAUUAAUGCAACACCUAAUCCUCCUAGUUUUUUUUUAUAUGUAUAUCGUUCUCACUGUGUUUUUUUCCCUCUCUUCAAGGCCGCCAUGAGUUUCCUGAGCAUGGUGGAGGCAGAGCUUCCUCCAGGGUUCAGGUUCCAUCCAAGGGAUGACGAGCUCAUCUGCGACUACCUUGCAGUCAAGCGCGCUGGGAACCAUGGCUGUCCUAUGAUGGUGGAUGUCGAUCCCAAUAAGUGCGAGCCAUGGGAUUUCCCUGCUACUGCAUUUGUGGGGGGCAAUGAAUGGUACUUCUUUAGCCUUCUAGAUCGAAAAUAUGCAACCGGGCAGAGAAAGAACAGGGCGACCGUGUCAGGCUACUGGAAGGCCACCGGGAAGGAUAGAUCAGUGACCCGGAAUAAUGUGCUGGUGGGUAUGAGGAAGACUUUGGUUUUCUAUCAAGGAAGAGCUCCCAAGGGGACAAAGACAGAAUGGGUCAUGCAUGAAUAUCGCAUGGAAGAUUAUGCUGCCGCAACCCAAAAGAUGCUGCCUUUCAAGGAAGAUUGGGUCCUCUGCAGAGUGUUCUACAAGGGAAGGGAGAUGUCUGCCAAGGCAAACAAGGAGACUAGCCAAGAUGAUCAAGGCUCUAUGCCCCUCCCACCUCUCCUUGACUACACCACCACUGACCAAACCCCAUUUAACUUGAAAGGGUUUGAGCAGGUGCCCUGCUUCUCCAGCAUAACUCCAAGCCGCACGCCUCACGUCCCAACCGUAAUGCCACACCUGCCUAACUUGAGCUCUGGACUGAACCAGUUCACCGGUGACAGAAAGCUCAUGAAGUCAGUAGUGAGCCAUCUCGGCAAGCUGGAAGGUGACCCAAAGCAAAGGAUGGCAAAGGACUUAGUAUCUGAAGAGUGUUUGGGGGGUUGCUCAGCACAGGGUGAUCUGCCACCUGCUUGGGUUCCUUUUGGAGAUAUCAUGAAGUUGCAGUGGAAUUACUAGAACAUGAUGCCCACUAUAUUUACAUGCACCCACUACAGUUCAUAUAAUUAGUGCGAUGAGAUUUGGUGCUUUUGAAACGGUUUUAUAUUCUUGGUUGCUAUAAUGAGAAGUUAUGUUAUGGUGGAUAGGCCUGAGGGGAUUUGAGAACAUGUUAAUGAAUACAGAGUGUCAGAGUGUGACAGUGAUGUCGAUAGCUAAUGGAAUAAGAUGGAAGCUGAUGCAGAAAGCCAAUGUGAUUUGCUUA